AUGGAAUCGUUGGUGAAGAAGUUGAAGCAGAGUAUGACAUCUAGAUCGUCCAGGAACAUGAAGGAAAAGGACACAGAGGAGGAAAGGAGGUUCUUGAAGAACGGAAGCAGAUUCUUGAAAGAACCUAUUGCUGACUGUAACGGUAAAUCCGUUCCAAUACGUAAUUUUUCUUCUUCCCAGAUCCUUCAAGCCACCAGUAAGUUCAGUUCAAGUUGUCUUGUCAGGAGUGAAUGGGACAACAAAGGGUAUAAAGGUACCAUCGAAGGGAAGUCUUAUUUGAUCAAAAGAUUCUUUGACUAUACAGUUAAGGAUCGCAGAGUAGGAGAGGCUUACAAUGACAUUGUCUUCUCUGCUAGGAUGAGCAACCACAGCAACUUUCUCAAACUAUUUGGAAGCUGUUUUGAGUUUAGUUUUCCGGUCUUUGUGUUUGAAUAUGCAGAACAUGGAGUCCUGAAUCACCGAGGACGUAUUAUGGUCAACGGGCAAGAAUCUGCAUUGCCUUUGAGUUUAAAGUUGAAGAUUGGAAAGGAGAUUGCUAAUGUAGUGACUUAUCUUCAUAUGGCCUUCCCUAAGAUCAUUAUACAUAGAGACAUUAACCCGACGAACAUUUUCUUGGACAAUAACUGGACGGCGACUUGUCCUAUGCCAUAUCUCUCCCUGAGGGAAAAUCAAGAAUAG